CAUGGCCAUCACUGUCCCCAUCAACACCGGCGACCGCUUCGACUUCAUCGUCGUCGGCGGCGGCACUGCCGGAAACACCGUGGCCGGCCGUCUCGCCGAGAACCCCAACGUCCGCAUCCUCGUCCUCGAGGCCGGCGUGGCCAAUCCGGAGCAGCUCAAGGAGAUCAUGACGCCGUCCAACGCCAUGAACCUGCGCGGCAGCAAGCACGACUGGGCCUACAAGACCACCAUCGUCAAGCGCGAAGACUACGAGCGCAUCGAGAAGCCCAACACGCGCGGCAAGAUCCUCGGCGGCAGCUCCUCGCUCAACUACUUCACCUGGAUCCCCGGCUGCAAGCCCACCUUUGACAUGUGGGCCGAGUACGGCGGCGACGAGUGGACGUGGGACCCCCUGGUGCCCUACCUGCGCAAGAGCGCCACCUACCACGACGACGAGGGCCUGUACGACCCCGAGCUGGCCAAGAUUGGCUCCGGCGGCCCCAUUGACAUCAGCCACGCCGAGCUGCUGCCUGAGCUGGCGCCCUUCCGCGACGCCCUGACCAAGGCGUGGACGUCCAUGGGCGAGCCCCUGACGGAGAACAUCUACGACGGCGAGAUGCUUGGCCUGUACCACUGCGCCGACUCCAUCUACAAGGGCCAGCGCAGCGGCAGCUUCCUGUUCCUCAAGAACAAGCCCAACAUCACCGUCCUCACCGAGGUGACGUCCAAGCGGCUCCUGGUCGACUACGCCGACCGCACCUGCAGGGGCGUCACCGUCACCCGCGCCGACGGCACCGAGCUCACCUUUUACGCCGACCGCGAGGUGAUUCUCUCGCAGGGCGUGUACGAGAGCCCCAAGCUGCUGAUGCUCAGCGGCAUCGGCCCGGCGAGGGAGCUGGCCAAGCACAACAUCGACUGCAUCGUCGACUCGCGCCACGUCGGCCAGAACCUGAUUGACCACCCGGCGGUGCCGUUUGUGGUGCGCGUCAAGGACGGGUUCGGCAUGGACGACACCGUCCUGCGCAAGACGGCGGCCAACGCGGCGGCCCGGGCCGUCUACGAAAAGGACCACGCGGGCCCGCUCGGCUCCGGCUUCCUCGAGAUGGUCGGCUUCCCCCGCAUCGACCGGUACCUGGCCAAGGACCCCGUCUACAGCAAGGCGGUGGCGGCCAACGGCGGCAGGGACCCGCUGUGCCCCGACGGCCAGCCUCACUUCGAGCUCGACUUCGUCGCCAUGUUCGGCAGCGCCUUCCAGUGGCACUACCCGGUGCCCAAGGCCGGCGCGCACACGACCGUCGUCGUCGACCUGGUGCGGCCCAUCUCCAAGCCGGGCGAGGUGACGCUCAACAGCGCCAGCCACCUGGACCAGCCCAACAUCAACCUCAACUUCUUCGAGAGCGAGCUCGACAUCAUCGCCAUGCGCGAGGGCAUCCGCUUCAGCUACGACCUGCUGACCAAGGGCGAGGGCUUCCGGGACCUCGUCGUGGCCGAGUACCCCUGGGACAUGCCGCUCGACGACGACGCCGAGAUGAGGCGCGCCGUGCUGGACCGGUGCCAGACGGCCUUCCACCCCUGCGGCACCGCCCGCCUGUCCAAGACGAUUGAGCAGGGCGUCGUCGACCCGGCGCUCAAGGUGCACGGCGUCAAGAACCUGCGCGUGAUUGACGCCUCCAUCAUGCCUGUGAUUCCGGACUGCCGCAUCCAGAACUCGGUGUACAUGGUGGGUGAGAAGGGGGCGGAUUUGAUUAAGGCCGAGCACAAGGAUCUGUACUUGAUCUAAUUGGAGCGAGUUAGAAUGCUAG